GCGGGGCCUGGGCGAAGGUCUUCCCUGGCUGCCGGAAUUCCCAUCGGGAUCGCUCCCAGCCCCGCCCCGGCCCCGCUGCCCUUUGGCCACCGGGAAAAAUUCCCGAUUUUCCACCCGCGCCGCUCCCCGCUCAGGAAUUCGGGCAUGGCGGAGCCGCCGCUGGACCACGGGGUCCAGAUCCGCUUCAUCAGCGACCUCCGGGAGCCGCGGCGACCCCCGCGCCCGCCCCGCGCCCGCGGCGGCUCCUACGGCGUGGCCGUGCGGGUGCAGGGCAUCGCCGGGCAGCCCUUCGUGGUGCUCAACAGCGGCGAGCGCGGCGGGGACAGCUUCGGCGUGCAGAUCAAGGGGGGACACCCCGAAACGCCCCCCAGAGCCCCCCUGGCCCGGCCCCCCAGCGGAUCCGAGGAGGAGGAGGAGGAGGAGGGGGAGGAAAUUUCGGGGCGAUGCCGGGGGGUCCCGAAAGGUUGGGAGAAGGAGCUGGGGGGGGUGCAGGGGGUGGACAGGUUUUCAGAGGAGGAAGGUUCAGGGGGGUCCCGGGGGGUCCCAAAAUCCUGGGAUGAGGAAACUUCGGGGCGAUCCCGGGGGUUCCCAAAAUCCUGGGAUGAGGAGCUAAGGAAGGGCCCCAAACCCUCGGAUCAGGAAAUUCCAGGGGGAUCCCGCGGGGUCCCAAAAUCCUGGGAUGAGGAAACUUCGGGGCGAUCCCGGGGGGUCCCAAAACCCUCGGAUCAGCACCUGAACAUCCCCAAAUCCUCGGAGGAGCUGCGCCGAUCCCAAUCGCACGGGGACCUCAGCGCGCCUUUUCCCAAAAGCGGGGAAAAAUCGGGAAAAAAGGAUGGGGAGAUUCCCAGAAUUCCCGGGGAUGUGGACACGGAGCCGCUGCGCUCCGUGGAUUCCCUGAUCACCAAAUUCGACGGGAAUUUGCCCCGCGGGCGAGCGGCGCGGAGGUUCCGCGGCCCCGGGGCGGCUCCCAGGAAGCGCUCGCAGAGUUUGGAUGCUCGGAAUUCCCGGGAAUCCGCCGCCAUCCCGCCCCAAAUUCCCCAAAUUCCCCGCGGGUUUGGGGGCGUGGAGGAGCAGAGCGUGGAGAUGCAGCUGAAAUCCACCCCGGACCUGCUGCGGGAUCAGCGGGAAUUGGGGGGCGGCGAAAACCCCACCGAGCUCAUCUACAGCAUCCUGAAGGAGGGGAGCUCCGAGAGCGAAAUUUCCCUGAAAAGGAAAACCUCGAGGCUGCUGGGGAAAUUCCAGGAGCUGGCGAGUUCCGUGGGGGCUCCAGACUUGCCCCAAUCCCAAAUCCUGCGGGAGGCCCUGGACAGGAAAUCCCAGGAGCUGCAGCGGAGCCAGGCCCAGCUGAGCGAGCUGAGAGCCGCCAAGGAGGCGCUGGAGGCACGGCUGGGCCACCUCGAGGGGCAGCUGCUGGCCCCCGACCCCAAAAGUGACCCCAAAAGUGACCCCGACACACAGGGCCUCUACCAG